AUGCAGCAGGCUUUGCUCUCGUCUCCAACGCCAUCCAUGCACGUGGCUCUGUGUGUUGUGGCUGUCCGUGCUGCCAUGCCUUGCCCACUCACUCCUGCCGUGUGUGUGCGGUGGGGAGGGGUGUGGGGUCAGCACCGCCAUUCCCCCACGCUCCUCCCCUGUGGCUGUGCAGGCCACAUCGUGAGCAGCAGUGGCAGACGGACGGACGUGGGGCAGCAUCAGCGUUCUCCUCAUGCCCCAAGCCACUGGCGCCAGCAGACAACACCCGGUGGCCACAUCGUGAGCAGCAGUGGCAGACGGACGGACGUGGGGCAGCAUCAGCGUUCUCCUCAUGCCCCAAGCCACUGGCGCCAGCAGACAACACCCGGUGUGGCCCUCCUUUCGCUCUUCCUCAAUUCACCGCGCUUGCAUGCAUGCGCUCCCUUCCAUCAUGCUGACUCCCUCCCACUCACUUCCUCUCCCUCCCACUCACUUACUCUCCCUCCCACUCACUGCCUCUCCCUCCACUCCCAUCCCCUCCCCUCCCUUCCCCUCCCCUCCCCUCCCCUCCCUUCCCCUCCCCUCCCUUCCCCUCCCUUCCAGCCCCCCUCGCAGGACCUCAGGAGCAGCACUGCUGGUCGCCUGAGACGCCAUGCCAUGCCUGCUGCCCAUGCUGCUCUCACGCCAUCAGCUAAGUACCCGUUCCUCCAUGCCCUCACCCUUGCCUGCCACACCCUUGUGGCUGUGCCUUCGCCAGUGGCUCCUCCCUCUUCUCUUGCGUUGGAGUUGAAGUCAUGGUUACCCAUCCAACUUGCUGCCGCCACCGUGCUCUCACUAGCUCUGUGUGCGCGCAUUGCAGGGACGCACACCGGAAGGCGGGGAGAGGGGCGGCCAUUGAGGGAGGCAGCUGGUGGUGCUGCAGCUGCCUUGAUCUCGCGCUCACCCAUCAGUGGAGGGGAGGGGCGCUGGGGUCAACACCGAUACUUCCCCAUGCCCCUCCCCUGUGGCCGUGCAGGGACUCAUGGGGACGGGAGGGAGACAGCAGCAUGGCAAUCCCACUGCAGCAAGGGAGAGUAUCAGGAUGGGCCUGGUCUCUCAAGGUCACUCGCAAUGCAGCAGAGACAACUGACGGUUAAGCCAUUCUUAGACCUUACUGUCCCAUCAGGUACAACCCCUACAGCAGGUUUAUCCCCUCAGGUUUUCUUUAAGGCUCUGUGUUCAUUGGACGUGGAGGGGAGGGGCGCUGGGGUCAACAUCGACACUUCCCCACGCCCCUCCCCUGUGGCCGUGCAGGGACUCUUGGGGACGGGAGGGAGGGACGCAUCGCUGCAGCAGGUGGCAAUGGCUGCCACAAGGGAGAGUAUCGGGUGGCCCCUUCCCUCCACUUCCCCCUACGAGAAGUGGAGGGAGGGGCGUGGGGGUCAGCACCGACGCUCCCCCGCGCCCCUUCCUUGUGGCCGUGCAGGUACCCACGGGGAUGGGAGGGCGGCAGCAAUGCAGAAGCUUGCAGUUGGUGCCACGAGGGAGAGUAUUGGGGUGGGCUGGCCUCUCAAGGUGAGGUGUGGUGAUUUGAUUCCCUCCUCUCUCUUCCUCCCUCCCUUUCUCUCCUGCAGGCUGAAGCAGCACCCUGCCUGGACCACAGAGGAGCCUCUCCCUCCCCUGAUCCCCCCUUCUCUCUCCACUUCCCAGCAGCCUCAGCAUCAUGGCGCUCUGCACGGCUGUGGUAAGUGGAGGUAA